AGAGAGAGAGAGAGAGUGACUUCCUGUUGCCUUGCCAUGUUUCCAGUUGGGUAAUACCUCCUGUUUCUCUAACUGUUUUGCUUCAUUUCCUCUCUCUGUUGCAGAUGGCUGAAAUGAGGAUACGUGGGAAUAUGGAUCGCAGACUGAGUAAAACUGAUUGUUCUCGACUUUAAGCGUUGCUGUGACUACUGAGAAGAGAAUGUAUUAUUUUACGUCCGUAGUGCUUCUAAUUGUUAUCAGUACUACUUCUAUUUCUGAAGGGCAGCGUAAGAACAUGUGCAACGUCGUCCCCAAAGAUCCGUACAUCCAAGUGGGAUCUGAUACUCAGAUCGUGUGCGAGAGCUCCUGUGUCCACGGCAAAGUAUACUGGACGCUGAACAACAACGCCGUGGACGAAAGCUGGUCGAGCUCCAUCAACUCCACACAUAACAUCGUGUCGCUGAGGAACGUCACCCUGAGCAAAGCCACGGUGCUGUGCCGCCGCGCCGAUACCCAGGAGGUGCUCGGCGGGACCACCCUCAGAACAUACUCGAAACCCACCAAAGUUGGCUGCAUCUGGCACUAUGGAAAUGGAUCAUUUGAAGGUGUACCUCAGCUUUUCACAUGCAGUUGGGAGCAUCAUGUCCCUUUCCUGAAGAAAAUAAAUUACACCGUACUCGGCACCUCUUGGUUGCACGAGUCCCAGUUGGAAAUCUGCAGCUCACAUGUGAAAACGUGCACAUCGAAACAUAUGCACGUGCAAUAUCUUACUCUGGUGGGUAAUCACAGUGUCACUGUGAGAGCAAAGACCAAACACUGGGAGGUUUACUCGGACCCUUAUGAAUUUGACUCCCAUCACAUAUUGCAAAUUAGCCGUCCAAAGUUGAACGUCUCUGUCUUCUCUGGUCAUCUAUUGGCUGAGUGGAGCACCUCCACUACCUCAAAGAAACACUACUGUCAAGUUAAAUAUGACAAGGAGGUGCUCAGUAAGACUUUAGAAGCUGGAGAAAAAGGAUAUCUGGCCAUUGAAAAAGUAGAAUCCUGUACUUACUACAACGUUGCAGUCCGCUGCGCUUGGGAAAAAGCCCCUUGGAGUGAAUGGAGCAAAGAGGCAACAGUUUUGAGUCAACUAAAUAAGAGUGAUGUCAAGCUGCGCCUGUGGAGAAAGGUAACAGAACCAGAAAAAAAGGGCAUGAGAAAGGUUUAUGCCAUGUGGAUGGACAUUCCGUCAGCCUGCCAAGGCACAUUUACAUAUUUUAUCCGACAGACUGUCUACAAGGACCGGGGGAUUCAAGGGGAUUACAGUCGUACUUUAUGUGGAAAUUCAACAUGUACUAUUAAUGUGAAUGAAGAGGCACACAAAGUAAAGCUGAGAGUCUUUCAUAACGACGCCGUGCUGGCAGAGGACUCGGUUUAUGUUCCAGCUGUUGGCGAAACCAGCCUCCCUCAAGUUACAAACAUGUGGACUUCAAGCAUCCGAGGUGUUAUUUCGGUCAGGUGGGAUGCUCCUCCACAGCUUGUCAGGGGUUACGUGAUCGACUGGACCCACGACGGGCGUCGGUACCACUGGAAGGAAAGCAAUUCCACCAGCGCAACACUGUUCGGGCUCUUGGAUCAAAAGCCGUACGAUAUCACAGUCACGCCGCUGUUUGGUGACAAGACGGGCCUCGGCGCACAUGCCUGGCAGAUCUGCACCACAAUAGCAGCUGCAGCAAAUUUCUCCACCAUCAAGGUUGAGGUUAGUGACAGAAGCGCCCUUGUGAGUUGGAAUAUGGAGCACCAGGACGUAUGCGGCGGGGUUAUUGUCCACUACGUUGUUUUCUAUGGAACGGGGCAGGGACCACAGCUCAAUAUCACCGUUAAUGGUACAAAACAGGAGAUCCUUUUGAAGGAUCUGAUUCCUUACACCCAGUACAGCAUGUAUGUCAAGGCUGUAGCUCUAACUGGAACCAGUGAAAGCAACGUAAGGCACUUUAAUACAAAAAGAUUUGAUCUGGACUUUGUCAAAAAACUUUGUGCCAUCGGAACCACCAUUAUAGUCCUCUUGUUAUCUGUGGGAUUAUGCUGCGCUAUACAGUAUAGAAAAUUCCUGGAGAAGCCUCUUCCGAAUCCGGGCCUCAGUUCUGUCGCGCUGUGGCCAUCAGGAGGCCAUCAAAAGGGGAUGUUCCCUUUCCGACUAUUCAGCUAUCCAUCGGAAAGUCUCUGCGCACGCGUGUACAUGGAGGAAUCCCGACUAACUUCCACCCCUGGUUCCCAUCUCGACCCAGCCGGCGGCCCCCGGGAGGAAUACAGCGGCCCUGCUUUUACUGCAAAACCUGACGCGCGCAACGAGAGACCUGAUGACCUCGAAGAGAUAUUCACUCUGUCUUCUUCCAGAGAAUGCUCAGCACUGCUCCCUGAGAGUAGCGGUCAAUUAAGCCCGUACCGGAGCCAGGCUUCUAUAGAAAGCCCGACCCAAAGUACUGGGAAAGAAUGCCAGUGUCUGCCUCCAGUGAAACAUCAGCAAUUGACAGCAACAUUAGCUAUGUAUGUUACUGUGCACAUGUUUGAGCAAGACCAGGGAAGGUGAGAAAGAUGGAAACAUCCCAUAAUAUACAUUCAAGCUACUAUACUAUAAUUAUGUAUCAUCUGCGUAAUAUAAUGUAAUGUGCAUGUUGAAAUGCAUCCCGCCCGGAAUGAUAGUGAUAGUGUUGUUGUGCAGUGAUAACAGUGCAGUAUAUUUUAUGUAUUAAUCUGAUAAAAGUGUUGAAACACUAAUAAUACUCCUGACAAUAGUGUCUGGUAUAAUUGUAUUAAAAAGAAAUAAAUAAAUCAAAAAUAGGAAUAUAUAUUUUCCCAA